ACACCAGCAUGCGGCUCCAUCACCUGCUCAUUGCGCUCCUCUUCGUGGUCCUGCUGGGUGUGCCCGGUUUUACUCAUGGUAUAAGAAAUCGUCGUAGCUGUCUUAGGAAUGGAGGUGUCUGUGUGCCUCUCGGGUGCCCUGGACACAUGAGACAGAUUGGCAUCUGUCACGGGCACGCGGUAAAAUGCUGCAAAAAGAAGAAAUAA